AUGGUGCACUCUCUGAGCCCAUGCACUGAUGGCAGUGCCUCCCCAUGUGGGGUGGCUGUGCCCCAGCCCAUUGCUGACAGCUGCAACGAGCCCUGUGUCCGGCAGUGUCCUGACUCCAAGGUGGUGAUCUACCCUCCGCCGGUGGUUGUGACCUUCCCUGGACCAAUCCUCAGCACCUUCCCGCAGCAAAGCGUCGUGGGAUCCGCAGGAGUCCCUGAAGUUGGGACUGGUUUCAGUGCUGCCCGUACUCCUGGGGGUUCCCACGUUUAUG